GUGCAUUUGACAUUGCGAGCGAUAGUAAUUUAUUUAUCGUCUCGUUCUUGUUUGAUACACAAUUUUUUUACGAGAAUUUUUUUUUUGUUUCCAGUUCAAUUUUCCGAACACGCAUUGUGAUUAAAUAAAAUGUUUAGCUUGAUUUAGUUAAGAAAUAUAGUUUGAAAUAGAAUAAUUUCCGUUCCGGUUUCCAGUGUAGACGGUCGCCUUCUGCCUGUGACGGAGAGAUUAGUGAAAGACAAUUUGUCGGACUAGUAGUCGAGGUGGCCAAUUGCUUGCUACACCAUCACAAAAUAUUGAACGAUGGAACGACGAAUAAAACUGCAUACGCUGAAUAAGCAUAUCACUUGUGAAAUAUGCGGCGGCUACUUUAUCGAUGCGACCACAGUCACCGAAUGUUUGCACACAUUUUGCAAAAGUUGUUUGGUGAAACAUUUGGAGGAGAACAAUACGUGCCCGAGAUGCGGUAAUGUCAUUCAUCAGUCACAUCCACUGCAGUACAUUAGCUUUGACCGAACCAUGCAAGACAUUGUUUACAAAUUGGUACCGAACUUGCAAGGAGAUGAAAUGAAACGUGAACGAGAGUUUUACAAGAGCCGCAAUUUACCGAAUCCAAAGGAUCAACCACAAAACAUUGAAGACGAUGCUUUCGAUCGGCUGAAUGAAACACACGUCGAAUCUGAUUACCAUCGACAGGACGAACAGGUGAACGUGUGUUUAGAGUGCAUGACCAACAAUUUAAGUGCAUUGAAACGACGGUUCCUGCGGUGCAGUUCACAAGCAACGAUAACACAUCUCAAGAAAUUCGUUGCGAAGAAAGUGCUAAAUGGAAUUGAAAGAUACAAAGAGGUCGAUAUAUUGUGCAACGAUGAACUUUUGGGAAAGGAUCACACACUGAAGUUUGUGUAUAUUACACGUUGGCGGUUCCGUGAUCCACCACUCAGGCUGCAAUUUCGACCGCGGAUUGAACUAUAAAAUUUAUCGCAUUAUCACCCAUUUUUUUUUUCAGAAGAAGAAAAAAAAAUCACCUUUAUCUAUGUUUUUUGAAUGUGUACUGAUUAUACUCCGAAUUCCAACGAAUUUGUGAAAACAAAAUAUGACGAAAAGAGAAAAAUACAUCUGGUUUUAAGAUGACGAUCUAUCUAAAUGUAACUAAUUUUAUAAGAGAGCAAAUCACAAAGUUUAUAUAAAAAGAAAAAUAUUGUAAUAGAGUAUAAAGAAAGGAGAGACACGCACGAGUGAAAUGUUCACUGCUCACGAUACGAUGUAAAUGUGUAUGAAAACUUUAUUUUAGAUUCAUUCAUCAAGUAAAUGAAUAACAAUCGAAAGAAGUAAACAAAAAACUGAAUCACUUUGGAAUAGUGGUUUUAUUGAAUGUAUUAUAGAAUGGAAAAUAUAUCUACUUUGAAUAUGUAUUACGAAA